CGUCAGAACAGAAAACAUCUUACCGAAGCAACUCGAACUAUGAAAAGCACCUUCUACCAGAUAAUUCUAGCUAUUAUGAGUAUAUGUGAAGGAAUAUGGUCAAUUCCUCUUAUAAAACCAAAGCCUUCAGACCCCAAAGCAGAAUUUGACAGUGUAUUGAGCAUGGCAAAGCAUCUUUUAAGCGAUACCAAGCAUCUGUACAACAACUUUAAAACCAAGUAUCCUUAUGAAGGAGAGCACAAGUUAGAAAGCUUACCUGUACUCUCGAUCAAUGCUGCAGAAUUGUCUACUAUUCAGAUUCCAGCCGGUUUAACGAAGCUCAGCUCAGAAUUGUUCAUAUAUCAGAAGCAUUUUGAUUGGCUGAAGAAAGCCGCACACGUUGUCCGCCCCUUAGACCAUGAAUUUACCAGCAUCCACAAUCGUAUUGACAAGCUGGUGAAAAAAAUUGACUUCUUGAUGACAAAGAUGAACAUCGCACGUGUUAGUGACCCUCCUUUGCCGCAGCUUCCUAACACAACCACCCAGUGGGGUGUAGUGCAAACUGGCCAUGCUAUAUUCCACCACUUUCACCUCUUCUUGGAUUAUACAACACGUCUUGUCGUUCUGAUGAAAAAUAAGUUGUAG